GACGAUCGGGCAUUUUUGUGGAGAAGGAUAUGUAAAACAAAGGUUUCUACCCUCGAUAUAUUUUUCGCUUCUGUCACGGAAUUUUACCUCAUGAAUUGAGGCAGGGAUUGUAAUUUUGUGUCUUUUUUAUUGAACAUAAGCUGGAACCUCAGCCUGGCGGAAUCAGAACAAUGAAUCGGCAAGUACUGUUGUUCAUCUCUCUCGGUUUCCUAGACGCAGUGUUUGCUCAGGCUACAUACUCUAUUCUGGAAGAAAUGCCAAAAGGGUCAUUAGUUGGAAAUAUAGCUCAAGAUUUAGGUCUAGAAACGAAACGUUUGAUAUCAGGUAAAGCUAAAAUCUACACCAGGAAUAGCAAGGAGUACGUCGAACUGGACCGAGAAAGGGGAGUCCUCCUCGUCAAGGAGAGAAUGGAUAGAGAGGCACUGUGCACUGAAACCCCACUCUGUGCUUUACAUUUUCAGAUUAUUUUGGAGAAUCCUAUGGAAUUGUAUAGUGUCACAGUGGAAAUCACUGAUCUUAAUGACAAUGCACCAACCUUUGAAAAAAAUGAGAUGUCAUUCAAAAUAAGUGAAUCAGCGGUUACGGGCGCAAAAUUUGUCUUAGAAAGAGCUGUGGAUCUUGAUGUUGGUAUUAAUGAUCUCCAGGACUAUGUCCUGAAACCAAAAGACAAUUUUGCUCUUCAGCUGCGCAAUAAUGCUGAUGGAAAUAAAUACGUAGAGAUGGUGUUACAGAAGCCUUUAGACAGAGAAAAACAAGAACAUAUAUCUCUCAUAUUAACGGCUGUAGAUGGAGGAGAGCCGAAAAUGUCAGGAACAAUGAUGAUUGUAAUCACUGUUUUAGAUAUUAAUGAUAAUGCUCCAGUUUUUACACAGCAAAUAUACAAAGCUACAGUAAUAGAAAAUUCACCCAAAGGAACAAUUGUUUCUAGAGUUACAGCUUCAGAUGCAGAUGAAGGAUCAAACAGUAAAAUAACCUAUUCAGUGACAAACACGUUAGACAAUGUCAGGAAUGUAUUUAAGGUAAAUGAACAAAACGGUCGAAUAUCAUUGAUUGGCGAUGUAGACUUUGAAAAAUCAAAACACUUUCAAUUACAUUUACUGGCUAGUGAUAGUGGAGGAUUAACCGAUUCGUGCAAAGUAAUUGUUGAUUUGCAAGAUGUAAAUGAUAACAAACCAGAAAUCAGCAUAAUAUCAAAGUCAAACCUAAUAUCGGAGGAUGCUAAACUCAGUACAGUUGUCACGAUGAUAAAUAUUGAGGAUCGAGACGCUGGAAGCAAUGGGAACGUGAAAUGUUUUAUUAGCGAACAUACACCAUUUACUUUGACAUCGUCAACAAAUAAUUUUUAUAGUUUGGUGACCGAUAGUGAAUUAGACAGAGAGAGGGAUUCUGAGUACAAUAUCACAGUAACCUGCUCUGAUGAAGGCGUCCCCUCCCUCUCCAGCAGCGUCACUCUCAAUUUACAAAUCGCUGAUGUGAAUGACAACUCACCUGCAUUUGAGAGGAGCUCAUAUGAAGCCUACAUUGUAGAAAACAACCGACCAGGUGUGUCAAUAUUCUCAGUGAAAGCUAUAGACUCGGACUGGAACCAGAAUUCCCGUGUUUCUUACAUAUUGGAAGAGUCAUCUGUUAACGGAGUUCCAGUCUCCUCAUAUGUGUCUGUUAGUGCUGAUAGUGGAGUCAUACAUGCAGUACGCUCUCUUGACUACGAGCAAAUCAAAGAUUUCCAGUUCCACAUCAAAGCUCAGGAUGGAGGUUCUCCUCCACUCAGCAGUAAUGUGACUGUGAAAAUACUGAUCCAGGAUCAGAACGAUAACCCUCCUCAGGUUCUGUAUCCAGUCCUGACUGGUGGCUCUGUGGUGGCUGAAAUGGUGCCUCGUUCAGCAGAUGUGGGCUAUCUGGUCACUAAAGUGGUGGCUGUUGAUGUGGACUCUGGACAGAAUGCCUGGCUCUCCUAUAAACUCCAGAAAACCACAGACAGGGCGCUGUUUGAAGUGGGCUUACAGAAUGGAGAAAUCAGAACUAUCCGCCAAGUCACUGAUAAAGAUGCUGUGAAACAAAGACUGACUGUUAUUGUGGAGGACAACGGACAUCCCUCUCGUUCAGCUACAGUCAUCGUGAACGUGGUGGUGGCGGACAGUUUCCCUGAAGUUCUGUCGGAGUUUACUGACCUUUCACAGGACAAGGAGUACAACGACAACCUGACUUUUUACUUAGUGCUGGCUCUGGCUGUAGUCUCCUUCCUCUUCAUCACGUCUUUAGUGGUUAUUAUAUCAGUGAAAAUCUACAGAUGGCGACAGUCUCGAAUCCUGUAUCACUCCAGCCUCCCUGUGAUUCCAUAUUAUCCACCACGUUAUUCGGACACUUUGGGGACAGGGACUCUCCCACAUGUGUACAAUUACGAGGUGUGCAGGACGACUGACUCCAGGAAGAGUGACUGUAAGUUCGGGACAGCUAGAAGUCAGAACGUGUUGAUAAUGGACCCCAGCUCUACAGGAACGAUGCAGCGAUUGCAGACUGAGAAGAGCAUCCUGGAUGAACCCGACUCUCCUUUAGAGGUUAGAAUGGUUUUCUUUUCUGGCCGCUGUUGA